CCGUGGCGGUGAACAAGAAAGGCCCCUUGCUCUCGCUACCAAAAGGAACUCUUGUGUAGGCCUGCGGUGCGUCCAGUCAGCGUCUUGGAUAGAAUGUUCGUUCCCUGCGAGGGCCGCGCGCCCACUGACUUCAAAGGCUGCACGCUGCUAAUGCCCGCGGUAUCGGUGGGGAAUGUUGGCCAGCUGGCUGUAGAUCUAGUUAUUUCCACCCUUGACAUGUCUAAAGUUGGGUACUUUUAUACUGAUUGUCUUGUGCCAAUGAUUGGAAAUAAUCCAUAUGCAACAACAGAAGAGAAUGCAACAGAGCUGUGUAUAAAUGCUGAAGUGUAUACAGCUCCUUCUAAAGAACUGGUGGUUUUGCAACUCAGAUCUCCAUUCAUCAAGAAUAAAUACAGAUCCUUCUGUCAAGCAAUUCUUGCCUGGGUGAAAAAUUGUGAAUUUGCCAAAGUUGUUCUUUUGUCCAGCAGUCAUGCUUACCAACGCAAUGAUCAACAACUUCACGGUACCUCACUACGAUACUUGUUGUCACCCGCUGUUGAAAAAACGAUUGGAAACGUAAUGGAGAGAUUAAGUGGCAAAGAAUUAGAGCAAGUAGCAGCUUUUCCUGGAGUAAAUGAUGACAAUAAGAUGUUCUAUAUUCCAGGAGGUGGAAUCACAAAACGAUUAUUCACAGAGAGUUGUUCACAAGGCAUUCCCAUGGUAGCCUUGCUGAAGUUUUGCUCAGAGGGGGACAAUAUCCCUGAUGCCCUUGCGCUAGCUGACUAUCUUAAUGAAUGGCUUCAUCUUACUACCCUGCAAAAUGAAAGCUCUACACUUAACUCUUCCAGAUGGAAAAUACCAAGUUCCUGGAAAUUACUUUUUGGUAGUGGACUCCCUCCGGCAUUGUUUUAAGUUUUAUGUUAUUUUACUUUUGAAUUCUUGAGAAGUAAUUGUAAUAGUUCAUAACUUGUUUAUAGCUUCACUAUUGAAGCGUUACAGCCCUUACCACAUUAUUAUGGAAAUAUUUCAGCAGUUUUUUCUGUCCACCUACCUGUAAUGUAAUUAAGAAAAACAAUUUUUAUUCAGUUUGUACAUUGGUCAGCCUUGCUCUCAUUUUAUUUUCUUUACAUUGCAAUCUAGUUGAGAACAGAUGCAUUGUGGAACUCAUAUUACUUAGGUUGAGUUCUUCUUUGUUUUGGAGAAACCUGUUCUGUAAAUCUCAGGAAUCGCUGAAUAAAGGGUGAGACUGCUUGCCAAUUGAAAGCAACAAACUAUUCUAUUUUUAUAACACUUAUAAAAGGUAGGGCCCUGAUGGCACAGCAGGUUAAACUGCUGAACUUGCUGACCAAAAGGUAGGUGGUUCAAUCUGGGGAACAGCAUGAGCUCCCGCUGUCAGCCCCAGCUUCUGCCAACCCAGCAGUUUGAAAACAUGCAAAUGUGGGUCAAUCAAUAGGUACCACUUCUGCAGGGACGUAAUGGUGCUCCAUGCAAUCACGUUGGCCACAUGACUUUGGAGGUAUCUAUGGACAAAACCAGCUCUUCAGCUUAGAAAUGGAGAUGAGCACCACCCCCCAGAGUUGGACAUGACUAAACUUAAUGUCAGGGGAAACCUUUACCUUUAUCUUAUAUAAGGUUCAAAAACAUGGAAUCUUUUAAAACUUUCAAAAUGGUUUGAAGUGACAUGACUUUUAAGUAGUUGCAUUUUUUACAGCUCCUGGUAUUCCAGGGUGUGUGUGUCUCAUUCAAGUACUAACCAGACCCGAUCCUGCUUAGCUUUCUAGAUUAGAGGAGAUCGGGGGUGUUUAGGGUGGUAUGGCUGUAGGCAAGUAGUUACAUUUUAAUGGGAAAGACUAUUGUACUCAGAGAUUCGUUCACUGGAGUAAUACAGAUAUAUAAUUACUUCUGUAGUUUGCACUAUAAAUGUCAGUAACUAUGGAGAAAAUACUGGUUACACCUGAGAAUAGUAAGGAAUUUAAAUAGGAUUCCUCUGAAGUAUCAUCAAAAGAAUUCUCGAGGUGGGGAAAAAUACACGAACACCUUUAUUUCAAUUAAAAAAAAUAUUUAAUGCUGCCAAAAGUAUAAAAAAUACAAUUAAGAAUGGCAGUACAAAGUAUUAUCUAAUGUGAUCUCUUACAUCUCUCUACAGAUGAUACAAGCAUAAAACACUUAAGACAAAAUUACUCUAUUUUGCAAAGUCUCUUGCUGGUGAUGUACUUCAUUCCCUGGUUGUUUACGUUGUAAACAGAUAUUUACGAGGCCACUGGGUAUGUUCAGACCUCACUUUUGUUCCUGAAGAGGGAUGAUGUUCUGCUUUGCAUGCCAAUAGUGUGUUAUUAUAGCUGCAGAAUAUUCACAAGUCUUGGCCACUUAGGUGUCGGUCACUCUCGGCCUACAGACACACAACGCAAAAGAGUCACAGGUUCAGUACAGGAAGAGAUAACAAUUCUAUGGUUUUAACUUCACUGCAACUGUGAAAAACAAAUUCCUGGUACAAUGAAAGCCAUAUUUAUUUCUAGCAGUUUCCAAAACGGGUAUGUGUAUAUAUAAAAAAUUGUCAUGUAUACAUAUUGUAUGACAGAAUCCAACUAAAAUAUCCAAUGACAAGUAAUGCCUAGCUCUUGACUGAAUUUGAAAAAAUAGUUCAUUUAUUUCUGCUCUAAGACAAAUCUCAAAUGUAUUUUGAUUUUAAAAUAUGUGGGUUUUAUAAUAACAUCACUGAUCUCUUAUUUCAUUGAAAGUUUACCAUUAUCAAUUUCAGAAAUAAAAGCUUACUGAAAACUGUAAUUAACCUUCAAAAGUAUUCGAGAAAUGAGAAUCAACAGAGGACCACGAUAUUAACCACUGAACUUGAACUGAAAAGCACACAAUUUAAAAAAUGAUUUUGGUAAAACAAAUUGACAGAUACAACGGUAUUUUGAACAAGGUUCUUAUUUAAGUUGGAUUUAUAAAUCAGUUUAUAUUUAAGAUACAAAACAAACAACUGUUAACAUUUGAUAUUUGCAAGUUUCAUUUCUGUUUGUACAGGGAUAACAAUCCUCCAUCAUUUAAGAACUUUAAAUUGGAAGCACAUCUUCCAGAAAUAAUGGUUAGAUCUGAAUGGCCAGAAAAUAACUGAAACGAAAAUCUAGCCAAGGUCAAGGGGGAGGGAACCAAAUAAUGUAUGUAGCAACUGAAACUGUCAAACCAAAAGAGCUUAGAGUAGAAUUAAAUGAAUAUAUGUGUUCCUGUUUAUUAGGGCAGCACCUUAUGACAUAAUAAAUUUCUCCAGUAAAACUGUA